AGUGCUCAUAGUACACAGACACACAGAGAGGAUACACUGGUGGCAGGACUGGACCGGGGACGCAGAAUGGCUCAGAACGGAACUACAGAGAACGGGGUGACGGGGGCGAAUGGCGAGGGGAGCCCUCCCAUGCCUUUUCCUCAGCCGGUCAAAGUGCAGGAGAUACGCCACACCAAGGUGAGACGCACGUCUUAUUGAAGUAACAUAGCAGCAAUCACUGAAUAGUGAAAAUGUAAUGUGAAAAAAAGUAUUAAGCCGAAACAUCUGAAACACCGGUAUGCACAACUUUUGAACUAUUUUGAAUAUAUAUAUAUAUAUAUAUAUAUAUAUAUAUAUAUAUAUAUAUAUAGUACUACUGCAUUGUUGGGAAAGAGCAAUCAAGAAAGGCAUUUCACUGUACUAGUUAGUGCAAGUGACAAUACAAACUUGAAACUUGAGUGUAAAGUAUAAGGUAUAAUUUAAUGUAAAACUACAUGUUCAAUACAUCAUAAGCCAAGGCAGGUGAUUUUCGUCAAGUUAUUCUAACGCAUGUUAGGCUGUAGCCUGUGCGUAGGCUAAAUGUUGUGGUUUGCCUGUUGGUGUGAUAUCCAUGUCUUCAUAUUGGAGUUGGAUCCAAAAGGUUGCAUGAAAACUAUAUUUGAAAACCAAAAAACACGCAUUAUUUAUGCUCCUGUGUUAUAUUGCUUCCUGGUAGUAGCCUAAUGAACAGGUGCGUUGUAAAACUUUAUUUUUAUUUUUUUUAAGCGUCUUUCUUUGUGUUCAACAGAUUUUUAUCAACAAUGAGUGGCACACCUCUGUCAAAGGAAAGACGUUUCAGACCUUCAAUCCAGCAACAGGUGUCAAAAUCUGUGAAGUGGAAGAAGCAGACAAAGUAUGUACCUAAAACAUAAAUUCAUGUCCCGAUUAAUAAAUUGACUUGACGAAAUAAGGAAUGUUUGCGAAAUUAAAUUAACAGAAUUAGUUUACACCUACUGCAGUGACCCUGACUUUUUUCCACCUCUCUUUAUCUCUCUCAGUCUGGUUCUGAUUAUCUAGGCCAGGGGUAUUCAACCGGGGGUCCAGGUACUGCAGGGGGUCCGCGAAAAUAUUUUAUUUUAUAUACAUUAUUUUUUUCAACGUUUUUAUGAAUAUCGCUAGCAACAACAGAAUAAACACAUUUUUAAUUACAUACCUACAGAAAAUAGGAUCAUGUUUUAUUUCUAAUGAUGUGAACUUUAUUUCUCAACUCCUAAUAUUGAGCAAAUUACACUCAUUGGAGCCAAUUAAACUCGCUGGAGUAUCUGACAUAGGCUUUGAAAAAGCACCCGUCAUUAGGCUACCAGUCAAUAGGCUACCAGUCAGUAUGCUACCAGUCAAUAGGCUACCAGUCAGUAGGCUACCAGUCAAUAGGCUACCAGUCAGUAGGCUACCAGUCAAUAGGCUACCAGUGUGGCAAGUGCCGUUCGCUGCUGGUAAGCUUUUUUGACUUGGACAUACAUUUUUGCCAACACAUGGCUAACCUUUGUUUAUUAACCAGCUAAACAGCUGAUCUUAGCGAAAAUAUUUCUGGAGUUACUACCUUUCUAGCUAAUAGCCUAUGUUAGAGAUUAUACUUCCUCUUCCAAUUAUAAUGUGGGGAGGUCAAAAUAAUGAAAAAUUAUUUACCAAAUCUGUUCAUUUUAAAAUGUUGAUUACUUCUCCUUGCCAUUAUCAUUCAGCUGAUGAUAAGACAAGACAUGUGAAAUACAUGUUUUUGCUAAUGUAUGAUGGCGGUCCCUGGGUUGCCAGUUUGCCUGGGAGGGGGUCCCUGGUCAAGAAAAGAUCUAGGCCUAUAUGUUUCAUUUCCUUUUCCAUAGCCUAAUUGAAAACCAAGAGAGCGACUGUCUAUCAACUCAAUACCAAAGUAUUUUAUUAGGCUACAGACAAAAAUAAAUUUGUGCGAAUGAAUUAGGCCUAUCAAUUAUCAUUAGCCUGCUCAUAAUUGUAACUUAUGCAAAAUAACAUUACGCAUAGAAAUGUUAUAGGUAGGUUAUCAGUUGUCCGUGUGAAAGCUGUUGAUGUGUACCUGAAGGCAGAUGUGGACAAGGCUGUAAAGGCUGCCAGAGCGGCCAGCCAGAGGGGCUCGCCGUGGCGAAGGAUGGAUGUGUCAAGCCGGGGGCGACUCCUGCACAAGCUCGCAGACCUGAUCGAGAGGGACCAGGCACUGCUAGCGGUAAGUUGUCGAUAUAACGGUCUAUUAACAUUAUUUGUCUCUAGACUGUAGUAGGCUACAACUAGCAGCCUAUUGGUCAACUUUACACCUGACACCUGCGUUGUGAAGGUAGCCUAUCAUCUAUUCUGGGUAUCCAGAGAUAAUUGACAGCAGCAGCGCAGUGCGCAAUGCACCAGAUGCUGAAAGUGCAUGAUCUGUGAUCGCGACUCGAGUAAUAUAUAUUUUUCAGUUCUACACUUGUUGCUAUAUAAUCCCCACACAACCUUGACAUUCAUUCUAAUAUUGUUGGUGAGAGCCUGUGAGACUUUAGGCCUGUGUGUGGCACAAGAGAAGCCAUAAAAAUACAUUAUAAAGAAGAUCAACUUGCAUGAAAUCUCUCUCUCAAUCUCUCUCUCUUUCUCUCCCUCUCUCUUUCUCUCCCUCUUAUCUGGUGAUUGUGUGUUUUCCUCCUCCUCCUCACUGUAAAAAAUGCAACUUAGAAAAAGUACUUGUAGGUUAAAUAUAAAAAUUGGGGAAAAGUUUAACUGACAUGGAAUUGUAUUAACAGGGGACUAAUGGACUAAAUACCAAAAUAUAGUUUUUGAGUGUAGUAUUCCUUUAACAUAAAAAAUAUAACAGUCUUUUGUCAAUAAUAAAAUAAUUUCCAUGCAAAACAUCUAUCAAAAACAUAUUUUUAAGUUGAUUGACAUAGACUGACCAGGUGAAUUCAGGUGAAAGCUAUUAUCCCUUGUUGAAGUCACUUGUUAAAUCCACUUCAAUCAGUGUAGAUGAAGGGGAGGAGACAGGUUAAAGAAGGAUUUUUCAGCCUUGAGACAAUUGAGACAUGGGUUGUGAUUGUGUGCCAUUCAGAGGGUGAAUGGGCAAGACACAAGAUUUAAGUGCCUUUGAACGGGGUAUGGUAGUAGGUGCCAGGUGGGUGCAACUCAAUAUUAGGAAGGUGUUCCUAAUGUUUGGUAUACUCAGUGUAUAGUUGAGUUAGAACAAUGUUUUGGCCAACUUAAAAUAUGAGGCUUAUGCAACACAUGUACAAGCGUGUAUUAAUACGCAUGUAUGAAUUGGAAAUGUGUUUUCUGCAUACCGGUAUCCCAACUCUCCCUGAGAGAUGGUCUGACAUAAUUAACAGCAACCCCUAGAGCAAUUACGAUUAAGUGCCUUGCUCAAGGCCACAUCAACAGAAUUUUCACAUUUGUGACUCGGGGGAUUCGAACUAGCAACUUUUCAGUUAUUGGCCCAACGCUGUAAAUACUAGGCUACCUGCCGCCACUUCUCCAAAAAGUUGAGUAAACUCAAAAAGUCUGUGGAACUAGUUACUAAAAUAUCUUGAGUUGGGCCACCUUGGAUUAUUUUUUUUACAGUGUAAGUCAGAUAUUACAGUGGUGGGUGAUCCGAGCCAUGUUCCAGUGCCUUCUCAAUCGAGUUUCCAGAUUGCAUUAGGAGUCCGAUUUGUAAAUGAAACAUUACAGAUGUGAGUGAAGUCAUAUUAUGGGAUUGCAUGUGGCUGCUAAUUGAAAACAUGCUCUGGGAGGGCUGCUUGUGCUGGGGUAUCGCUAAUUACACUAACCCCUGUUCUGUUUGUGGGAGAAAUAAAGACCAGAUUUAGCAUUUGCCCAAUGAAAAGACAGGAUAAAUCUAUUGGUGUUCUAGCUCUGUGGCAGUGCUUCGUCUCUUAUUAUCUUUCCAUUUGCUUUGGUUGAAUGUUGGAAUUAGAUCUUAUUGGUCAAAUAGCCUACAUAUAUCGUGGUCCUCUGUAGCUCAGCUGGUAGAGCACGGCGCUUGUAACGCCAAGGUAGUGGGUUCGAUCCCCGGGACCACCCAUACACAAAAAUGUAUGCACGCGUGACUGUAAGUCGCUUUGGAUAAAAGCGUCUGCUAAAUGGCAUAUUAUAUUAUUAUUAUAUCAUUGCUGGUGCUGCACUUGAGCUGGUUCUCCCAUAGAGAUAGAUAGAGGACUCUAGAGCCCGAAAGCCUGAUUUAGCAUGGGCAGCAUCAUUGAGGACUUUCACCAUUUUGAAGUAGCCAACUGGGUGGGACUUCCAAUGGGUUAAGGAAGGAUCACAAAAUGAUGUAGCUGGUCCGCACUCAAAAAGGAGAUUCAAGGUUUCUUUAUAGUAUUUAGUUCAUUCGGUGGUAGGUAGAUAGACAAACAUUUCGGCCUUCCUAAGCCUUCAACAGUGUAAUUCACAAGGAUCACAUAAUUCCAUCCGGGUCAUCAGGAGGGAUCAGCCAAUGAACUAUACUCGUAAGCAAACAUUCCAUAACUGCAGGUGGCAAUAAAUCACCAAUCUUGGCUUUAUACCUGUUCAGACAACACACUCCAGGUGGCAGUAUGCAUCCUUUCUGUUUGUUUACCAACUCAUAGAAGUAGUUGUAGAAUAAAAUGGACUACUUCAAAAUGGAGAUGCCAGUGCACUCACAGAUGCCAUAAAUAGGACUGAUACAAAGAAGAGUCCUCUAUCAUUCUCUAUGGGUUCUCCCAAACUCCAAGGUAAAUCAAGCGCACCUCAAAUACUUUCAAGUAGGCCUAUUUUAAAGUAUUUUACGUAUUUGACCCAGGUUUUUAGUAAACACUUGACUUGUGUCUCACUUGACUUGAGAGAGUCAAUCAAAGAACUUGAGUAUCAUAGCACCUUUUAAGUGUACAAAUCAUGUUUGACACAGUUGGUCUCACCAUACAAUAUUUUUCUCUUCCCCAACACAUUCGGCUUAGUGGUUUCAAGCAGCUUGUGUCCGUCAAAGAGUUUAGUAACUUACGUACAGUCACUUAUUGAAAUACUGUCAAAUACACAACGUCAUGGAUUGCUUUUGUCAAGGUUUCUGUCCACCCCUCUACUCUAUAGAAAUGAUUGUUAAUCUAGAUUUGAAAUACAUUUGAUAUGACAUUCAGAUGAGAUUCAGAUGGAUCUGUUGUAUUUCAUGGUCAUAUAAUGUUCCAGCUCACACCACCCUUGGCUACACAGAGAGACAACCCUGCUAGCUAUGGCAGCCAUGCCGUACCCAGUGCCUCUACUCAGCCUCAUAUUCAUUUAUCAUUAUAAUCAUUAUAACUUUUCUUUCUGAACCAAUUAACUCCCACAGCAUAUAUAUAUAUAUAUUUUUUUGUCAUUUAGCAGACGCUCUUAUCCAGAGCGACUUACAUGAGCAAUUAGGGUUAAGUGCCUUGCUCAAGGGCACAUCGACAGAUCUUUCACCUAGUCGGCUCGGGGAUUAGAACCAGCGACCUUUCGGUUACUGGCACAACGCUCUUAACCACUAAGCUACCUGCCGCCCCAUAUUAACUUAUUGGCGCACGUCGAGGGCAUAAAACAUUGUUUUGUAGCAACCAAGGCAUGGAUGGUGCUGCGCUUGCAGCUGACUGUGCAAAAGAUGAGAGAACCUCUCAAAAUAUAUUUUUAGUUAUAUUAUUAGUUAUUCUUUGUUUUAUUCUAUUGACAUGAUUCUGCCUCAAAUUUCCCAUUUUAGAAGUUAGGACAGCCUGCAUUGAUGUGGCCUUAUUGCGCCAUGUUCAGUGUUUCUGAUUAUGACUAUUCCUUCUCUUUUACAGACCAUGGAGACUAUAGACACUGGGAAACCCUUCCUACAUUCUUUCUUCAUUGAUCUGGACGGCAGCAUCAAAACCCUUAGAUACUAUGCCGGUUGGGCCGACAAGAUACAUGGCAAAACCAUGCCUGUAGGUAAGUGUCUCUGUGCUGCUUUAAACCCUUUUAGAUUGCCAGACUAUUACUUUAACCUACAGGUAUAGUGCAUUAUGAUGUGGUCAUAAUGUAUUGUAUGAUUUGUUAAAAGCAUGUAGGCUUAUGACCCCUUGUAAUGUCUAAGUAUCAUCUCAUAAUGAUCCAGUUAUUACCAUUUCAUACAUUUAUAAUAUAACAAGAUUUCCAAACAGUGUUAUUACAGGUAA